AUGAUCGCCCACUCGUUCGUUCGAAGGGGCAUGGAGCUCAUCCAAGAGCAGGCCGGUAACCCCGACGGCCGAUCCAUCGAAUUCCAAGGCUGGCAGGCCGGCCUGCUUUGCUUUACCGUCAUCGCGUUCAUCUUCUCUAUCAUAGCGGUGGACUACACCUACGGAAUGCUGGUCCCGACGCUGGCUGCCAUCGAGGACUCGAACCCCGACAUCUUUGUUCGCAUCGAUACCGAUCAGGACCCGACCAAGCCCAUCGACCCUGCCGACGCGGAUGCCGAGAUCGUCGUGACUUCUCCUCGUCCCAUCACCAGCAAGCUGCGCACGACCAUCAAGCACCUGCGCGCCCGCGCCGGCUUCUGGUCUCGAUUCCGUGGGUUUGCCAUGUUCGUCGUGCUUCUCAACGCCCAGGGUAUUCUUGGUUCGAUGAUUCCCGUAUCCAUGUCCAACUAUUUCGGCCAGUUCAUCGUCCGCAUGAUCGUUGGGAUUCUGCUCGCCAACCUGCACCUCGCCUGGAUCCACAUUGUCAUCUCCGAGCCCUCUCCCAAGCGCUUCUACCAGCGCAUCCCCGGAUACAAGAGCUGGGUCAACAUUGCGCCCGUGUAUGCCUUUGAGCAGGCGGUCGUUGCCGGUGCCUUCUUCCUGCCUUUGAUGGUCGGUUCGUCCAUCCCGUCGCUCCGUAUUUGGCCCACGACUGAAGCCGACCUCAACCUUGGCACUGCCGCGCGGGUGGCUGGUGCCGUCACCAUCCCCUUUCUGUUUGCCCUGCUGGUGUCGAUGCCGGCUCGGGCGGUCUUCAUCCGCGUGGCGGCGUCCAUGCUGCCCGAGGAGGACGAGGCCAUCGUGCCUUUCGACCGGUCAUUUGGCGGAAAGGUGGUACCGGCCAUCCUGGGCGGUAGCGGCAGACUGAGCAUUUCGGGCGCCUGGAAGACCUUUGACGGCGCUGCUCGAGCCCGCUACUUCAAGGCGAUCUUCAAGGCCCUUGCCAUCCAGAUGGCCAUUACUACCUUCUUUACCCUGGUGCUCGCUGGUCAGGCUUACAUGUUCAAGGAUAGCCUGAAGGUUGUCUCUCGUGGACUGGCUGCGUGA